CCUCACGCUUUCUCCCUCCUCAUGCCUCCUUUUGCCUUCUGCUUGUCUUGCCUUCUCCUAUUCGGCUGAGGUUGACGCACGUUGUCCCCUUCUGCUUCUGCUACCCAUGGGUAUUCGUCCUCACGGGCCUGCUCGCACUCGGCCUCGUCUGGCUGACGAGGUUCCUCGCAGCGCUGUUCAAGGCCUCCCCCGGCCACGAGCAGGAGGCGGUGUCCCUGCUGCUGCAGGUGGUCUUCUGCCUCUUCGCGCACUCCAGCGUGCCCGUCAUGAUGCGGGUGUACGGCGGAGAGUGGCGCCACGGCGGCUACUCCAACCAGCUCUUCUCCCGCGUCUUCCGCGGCGAGUUCGAGCGGCAUGAUUGCACCUGGUUUAGCUUUACCUACGGCGUGGACCUGAUGCUGCGCUGGACGUGAGGGCGCCAGCACGGCCGGCGACCCAGCUGGCCAGCGCCGUGCGGCCGCCGCCCCAGGGGGCGGAUUGGAUGGG